AUGUCCCCCGUCUCCAUCAAAGGUGUGGACGUGCAGUUUACCAAGGAAUACAAGUACCUUGGAGUGUACUUGGACAAUAAUUCAGAAAGAAGAAUAAUUAAAAGAGCUCUGCAUGAGAUUGCCACUUUCACGUGCGUAAAGUUUUACGAGCCUCGUAGACAUAAACGUGCCUUUGUUUCAGUUACCGCAGGAGCUGGAUGCUAUGCAAUUGUUGGAUUUACGGGAAGACAACAGAUACUAUCACUCAACCAGCGAUCUUGCUUGUACUUUGGUAUAAUAGAACAUGAAUUUCUGCAUUCAAUCGGUUUUCAGCAUGAACACUGCAGGAGUGACCGUGACACCUAUGUCAGGAUCUUAUGGCAAAAUGUUAUGAAAAGUAAGAAAAUUAAACAUCCCUUUUGGAUACUGCAAGUUCUGGACGAUGAAGGAUUGCAAAUUUUAAUUUGUGAAGGUGAAGCAAUUUUAAAUGCUCGACCCAUUACCAAGAGUUCUGAUGAUCCAAUGGACCUGGAAACACUCCCACCAAACCAUCUUCUUCUGUUGAAAGCCAAGCCAAUACUACCACCUGGACUCCUUUAUUUUACAGAUCAAGCAUUUAAUUUUGAUAAACUGCAGACCAAUAAUCUUGGGACAAAAUAUGAUUAUACCUCAAUUAUGCACUAUGGCAGGUGA